AUGAACAGCACAACCGUUUCUUACGUGGAAGAAAGCAUCGUGUGGGCGGACGUGGUAGCUCCCUACAUUUUGGGAUUCAUCUUCAUCAUCGGAUUCGUCGGCAACGGGCUGUUGAUCUUCAUCAUCGUGGCCAACGCGUCAAUGAGGUCAGUGACCAACUUGCUGCUUCUCAGCUUGGCGAUCGGAGAUUUCUUGGUCAUCAUAUGCAGUCUUCCACUGCGAACUCUUCUCUACAUUCAUGAACAGUGGAUCUUCGGCUCGUUUUGCUGCCACAUAAACGAAUUCGUCAUCAACCUAUCACAGGGGGUCUCAAUUUUCACUCUAACAGCCUUGGCCGGGGACAGAUUCGUAGCCAUUGUUUGGCCAAUUUCCACUUUGAGUUGGAUAACAAAGAGGAAAACAAUUUUUGCAACGUGUUUAAUUUGGAUUCUAGCCGUAUCAUUUGCACUACCCGACAUCAUAACGAGUCGAAUAUUAGUUUACGAAACAUUCACCAUCUGUCACUUGUACGGAUUGAUAUAUGGGGAAAGCAUUGACGACUCUUAUGCUUUAGGAAGACGUUUGUUCAAUUUGACGGCUUAUUACCUUCUACCUCUCACGAUAAUAACCCUCAUGUACGUAGCGAUAGCACAGGCUCUCUACCACGCACCGUCCAAGGUACUGCGGUCAAGUUUGAAAUUUAAUGAUAAAAUUAUUGUGAAGAAGCAUCUGAAAACUCGAAAGAAAAUCGCGAAGAUCGUUCUGGUGCUUGUCAUCCUCUUCAUCAUCUGCUGGACGCCACGCUACGUCUAUAUCUUCGCUGUCAACUACACAAACUUCAGCUUGCACACAUCAAAAAUGACUUGGCAGUUGGUUUCGUUUGUUUUUUCGUUUUUUAAUUCCUGCAUCAACCCACCGACUCUCUACAUAGUGAGCACAGAUUUCAAAAGAUACUUCAACCACUACUUAUUUGGCAUAUGUUGCAAAUCAAAAAGAAUUACGGUAGUGAGGAGAUGCAGCGAGAUGGGAAUGAACACCAUGUCAGCCCAAAAUAAUCAUCAAAUUUGA